UUAAAACCUCUUGAGUUGAGAGGGGUGGUCGCGACUCGGUGGAAUUGUGAUAACACAUAAACGCCUGCAAAACAUCAGCGAGGAUAUUUUCUAAUCUACAGCCACAUUUGCGAGAUCACCUGCAAUGGAAUUUGAUCAUUUAAAGGCUCGCUUUGUGUGAUCUUAAAGACAGCGGACAGAAGAACGGGGCUUUACUCCACUGGCUGAGCGCUACAAAGUUGGGUGACAGUCGUUAAUGUCGGAUUAUUUGUGUAUAUUAUACUUGCUGUAAUAGUGUAGUGCACAUAUUAAAUAUGAAGUCUAACCAUCGCUGAUAUAUAUGGCGUAAAAACGGGAAUUUCGUUAGUCAUAACUUUAUUUAUCAUACGUGAAUAGUUGUCAAACCAUGGCGGAGUCGGUUAAAACCUUCCAAGCGCACCUGACCGCGGUUAUGGACAGUCUGGUCCGCGCGUCAGUGUGCGAGAUCACCAAACUCUUCCAGGACACAGUCAACGACUACCUGGUGGAAAUCUCUCUGAACAGAAAAGAGAACGAAGCUCUUAAAUUGAGACUGAGGUUGACUGAGAAUAAACUGAGAAAUGAGCGCAAAUACGGCAUGGGCUGGGCGGCCGGUCGGCGCUCGGCGGGGCUGCUCGGCGCGGAGGACACCGCCGUGCGUAAAGCGCGCAAAGCGGAUCUCCAAAGAGGCAAGCCGGGGGGAGCGUGGGAGGAGCGGGCUGGAGGAGGGUUUCGUGCCCGUCUGAACACUGGAGGAGGAGAGGAUGAGGAGGAGGAGAUGAAGGAGGUGGCCAGCAUUAAAGAGGAGGUGGAGGGUUACAGAUCGGACUCCCUGAGGCUGUUGCAGGAGGCUCUGCAGAUGAACCCGAGUGAAAGCACUGCUCCCUCCUCCAGUCCCACCCACGGAGAAAUGGGCCCUGGCUCUGCCGCUCCUGAAUCCUCUGUUGCUGAACGGUGGGAAAAUAAAGCGGCCCAUUCAGAGCAGCCCCUGAGCGGAGGAGACGAGCUGAGCGGACUGGAGACGGCUCUUAAAGCGGAGCGUGAGCGGGAAGAGGCAGAGUCCGGCCUGGGCAGCCCAUCGCAAGAGCCGUGCGGAUCUGAAAGCGUGGCUUUUAUAGGACUAGAUGGUUUGUGCAGCUCUCAACAGGCUAUGUCCUCCUCAUCACAUAGUCGAGACCCUGUAGAACUACAACUCCCAUCAGCCCCUGCGACCAAAGAAGAAGGCGAGGAGUCAGGAGCGGAGAGCACAGACAUGAUGCACUUCUGUGUGCGCUGCGGCAGUGGUUUCACAUCGUCAUCCGACCUCAUCAAACACUCGUGUCCCGCGGCUGAAGAGCGUCCCUAUCAGUGCUCCGUCUGCGGGAGAGCGUUCGGUCACGCCUGGAGCCUCAAGAGCCACGAAUGCGUCCAGACGGGAGAUCAGCCGCACCACUGCGAACUCUGCGGGAAACGCUUCACACACUCGCGAUCACUAGAGCGCCAUCAGCUGGUGCACACAGGUGAGCGUCCGCACAGGUGCCCGCAGUGUGGACGCAGCUUCAGCCGGCUGGGGAAUCUGGAGAGACACCAGCGCAUACACACGGGGGAGCGGCCGUACGAGUGCGAGGCUUGUGGGAAACGCUUUAGUCGUGUGGAGUAUCUGAAACGCCACCAGCACAUCCAUAUUGGAGACGCGAUGCUGAAACACACGCUGCAAAACACACAGCACUGCGAUCAGUGCAACCAGACGUUCAGCGAUAACGAGCAGCUCAAGCAGCAUCAGUGUGUGUUUAAUGCUUAAAGGGGCAGUUCACACAAAACUGAAUACUCAUUUACUCAUUCUUCACUGGUUCUAAACAUGUUUGAGUUUCUUUCUAAUGUCGAAUGCAAAAGAAGAUAUUUUGAAGAAUGUUGGAAAUCUGUAAUUAAUGACUUCGUUUUUGUUUUACCUUCUAUGGAAGUCAAUAACUCACCCUCAAAUUAUCAAGAAUUCAAGUUAUAUUUGCUUUUUAGCAGACCUGGGAUUGGACUUUUGUCCACUGUAAAGGUCAUUAAACAUUAGACACUUCCUCUGAGACCAUACAUGGCACAGGUUUAAAGGGAUAGUUCACCCUAAAAUGAUAAUUCUGUCAUUAUUUACUCGUCCUCCCAUUAGUACAUCCAUAUUCUCAUCUUUCUAAACCCCUUCACUGUUUCUAAACAUGUUUGAGUUUCUUUCUAUUGUUGAAUUCAAAAGAAGAUAUUUUGAAGAAUGUUGGAAAUCUGUAAUUAAUGACUUAGUUUUUGUUUUUCCUACUAUGGAA